ACGUGUAGAAGAAGAAACUUAUAAGGAAGUAGACACCUAACACACAAGUAUGGAGAGCCCGGAGUUAACUUUUAGUCUAGCAUACAUAGUAUUCUCUCUGUGCUUCGUGUUUACCCCCAACGAGUUCCGCUCGGCCGGUUUGACCAUCCAGAAUCUAUUUUCGUCCUGGCUGGGGAGUGAGGACUUGGGCUUCAUCCAGUACCACGUCAGGAGGACCAGUAUCACCAUACUGGUCCACUCCGCACUGCCGCUAGGUUACUACAUGGGGAUGUGUAUCGCUGCUCCUGAAAAAAACCUGGCAUACAUCCACCAGGUGAGUGAAAGCUGGAGAGCAUUUCUCCUCCUCUCUCUCUGCCUCCAGUUGGCCAGCUGGACACUCGUCAUCUACUGGUCCCGCUAUCACUGGCACAACCAUCCGAUCAGCCGGGCCCUGCAGGCCCACAUACAGCCUCCUCACUCCAACUGGGGCUCUGUAGCAUCCAGCAUCAACACUGAGUUCAGACGUAUCGAUAAGUUUGCUACAGGGGCACCUGGAGCCAGAGUUAUUGUUACUGACAGCUGGGUUUUAAAGGUGACCACCUAUUACAUCUACAUGGCCUUACAGAGUGAAUGUCAUGUGACAGUGACGGAGUCCAGACAACACCAACUGAGUCCGGACUCGGCUGCCCCCACACAGAUCUUGACCCUGAGAGUGGACAGCAUUAACCCUGCUGUCAGACCCUUUGAUAUCAGGCUCAACUCUACAGAGUAUGCAGAGCUCAGGGAGAAGCUCCAUGCUCCCAUCAGAAACUCUCCCAAUGUAGUGAUCCACCAAACCAUGAGUGAACUCUUCUUAGAAACAUUUCGAGCUCAAGUGGAACUCAAUCAACCGUACAUCCCCCCCAGUGGACAGGAGAUGGAGCCCUGUAUCGGCUGUAUGCAGGUUCCAGCAAGCACCAAGCUGGUGAGAUUGUGCCACACAGAAGGAGCUGAUAAUGAGUCAGAGUGCCAGCAGUGUUUCUGCAGACCGAUGUGGUGUCUGUCCUGUCUGGGUCGAUGGUUCGCCAGCCGCCAAGACCAGCAAAGACCUGAGACCUGGUUGUCCAGCAGGGUCCCCUGCCCAACCUGUCGAGCCAAAUUCUGUAUACUGGACAUCUGUGUGGUCCACUGACACCUCAUACGUGCAGAUCCAAACAGACUUUAUCCUCUCAAACCCCUGAAAGAGAAGCAGUGGACAGGACUUUGGACUGAACUUAGUUAUGUACCUGCUUAUUGUAUGCUUUCAGUAAGGAGUGAUUGUUCAGAAUAAUGAUUGGUUCUGAAUACAUACAUAGUAUAUAGCCUGAUCAAUGUUAUACUUUGGGAGGUGUUCUUGUUUGGUGUUUACCUCAAGUCAGAUAAGAGGGAUAAUAUCAGUUACUAAAAGACAACCAGGAUGUGUUAUGCUGGGUUCAGACUACAUGAUAUCAGCCUGAUGCGGCCGUUGUACGGUGCACGCUUAGAUCCUGAACGACAAUGAGUGUCAUACGUGAUGAUCCAUAGUUUUAUCCUGUGUAGUGUGUUAUAGUAAAUGGCAACUGACUCGACGUCUGGAACACAUCACAACUUCUCAACAGGAAGUCUAGCAUGUUUGAUUUUCUUUUUGUCUUCCACAACUUCUCCUGUCAUAGCCAUCACUUUGACCAAUAGAAACGCAGAGCGAUCUGCUGCUGUGGACAACAGUAUGUCAAGAGAAAAAUGAGGUUGUGAAACAGCAGAAGCGCUUUAGCAACCUGGUGAGCACUCAUAAUGAAGGAUAUAAAGAAAUAAAAUUCACUAAUAGCAGCGGGACUUAUACUCUCUACGAGAGUACCAGCUUCAUUUGACACAGACUACAUAAGAAACAGGUGGUUAUUUUCAGACACAGGCCUUUAUUUCUCAUUCCCUCUGUAUUUUUCUAUUUUUACUUUCAAUCGGCUCCCAUUUGCCCUGUUAAAUUGAAUGUAUUGCACAGUCAUUUCAAACUCAACACUUCUUGUAUCCGUUUAAAUUUAAAAACCCCUCAUCAUUUCAGUUGAGAGAAUCCUUUCAUAUCAUAAAAAAGACUUCUAUUCUGAAACAUUUGCAGCAGCUUGUUGUGGAGGAUUCAGUGAGGAUUCAAUAGUUUGCAUGUGGUACUUCAAAUGUAGCUCCUUCCUUCUGGUGACAAUUUUUAUGUUACUUCUAUAACAGUUCAGCUGGGACGUGAACAGUUACAGUGAAUGAAAUAACAGUAACCAGCAAUGAUUGGUCAUGGACCAGCAUGUAGCCUGUCAUGUCUGUAGGCCAAGUCACAGCAAGAUUUUACGACUCCACAAUCGCCUUAUCUGACAUAAAGACUGUCUGAACGGACAGAAAUGUUGUGUAGUGUGAACCCAGCAUUAGCUUAGCAGAAAGACUGACUGCAUUUAAAACAGACUCACUCCUGCUCAAACUAUAAAAGCAGCCUUUAGCAGCUGGCAGGUGAUCACAUCUCUUGAGCAGGAAUAGCCAAUCAGACACAAGAAUUGAACUUUAUUUAUUUAUUCAUUUAUUCUGUAAAAAAUCCUCUGAUGUUCUCACUGAUAAUGUUAUCCUGCACACAUCAUUUUGUUCAAAUAACAAUAUGCAGGUUGGAGACCCACUGAAACAGUUCAUAUGAAAAUGAUAAAGAAACUGAUUUUUGUAAAGUAAAAAAAAAACAUCUAUAUCACA